AUGGAACGAUAUCAGAGACGGAGUCCCGGGCCCCGGGCAAACACCCAGGAAUCUGUGCCCGUUAAGCACGUCGAUCAGCGAGAAGGAAGAUGA